CCCAGCCCCAUCACCGCCCCCCUCUCUGCCCCCCCAGGCGGAACCCUGAAGACCCUUCGUGACGCGGACGCGGAUUCCCUGCAGGCGGUUUGGUGGCACGGAGACCCCCGCGCGCUCCCGCUGCGCGCUCCCGACAUCCUCCCCCUUCUGGACCUGGCGUCCCGCUACCGCCGCCCCCCCACCCUCCCGCAGGAGCUGCCGUGCUCCCAGCUCUGCCUUCGGCUCCUCGUCGCCUUCCCUUGCGGAUCCGGGGGGGACCUUUGGGUGCUGCUGAGCUCCGCCGCCCCCCCCCGCCUCCCGGUGGUGCCCUGGAUCGCCCCCCCCCCGCAAAGCCGCCGUUCCCUCCGCCUCCCGGCUCUGCAGCUCCUGCGGGGCUGCAUGCGGGCGGACCCCCCCCCCGCGCACGUGGGGCUGCUGGGGCUGCAGCACGGCGCCGAGGGGCCCGGGGGGGCGGACGGGGUUUGUUUUAACGUGCUGCUGAGCCUCGAACCCCCCGAACCCGCCGACGGACCCCCCCCGCUGCGGGACCCCGCCUGGCGAUGGGGGAAA